AUGAACAGACGCGUACGGCGAGAUGCGCCGUCGUGUCGUUCAGCAGACAUGUAUGCGUCGCCGGUUCGCAACCAAAAGGUGAGCGGCUCCCAUCUUGCCCUCAAGUGGAAGCCUGACUGCAUGCAUUCAAACAAGUUCGAUGUGUAUCUAUAUUCCCAAAAGGGCGACUCGGUCCUUCCUAUUCAUGCCUGGCUUGGUCUGAACGCCAGGGACGGUGCCAAGACUGUGCAACUCGACUCGAAAUGGUGGGACAAGCAGCAAGAUCUGCAUGUGAACCUACAGUAUGUGCCGAAUGGCUUCCAGCCAUGGGAAACCAGCUACCCUCUCGGUGCUACGUGGAUACUCAGUGCGAACAGUUCCGAGACCCCGUCCAACCUAGACACAUCGCCGUCGUGGAGCAAUGCACAGGUGACGGACUACAUCCACCAUUCCAGUGGUCUUUCUGGUGGCGAGCUUGCCGCGUCGAUUGUGCUUCCAGUCCUAGCGGCACUGGCGAUACUCGGAGCUGGCCUCUUCUGGCAUCGAAAGUGCUGGGCGAGACGCGAGGCUAACCGCUCCGAGCCCCCCAUGAAGCCUUCACACUCGACAGCUGAGCAUUCGGCGGUCUCCUUCCACUCGCCCCACCACGCCUAUGACUCCUCUCCCAUACCUGGCGAACUCAGUGCCAUGCAUGACAGUGAUGUGUCCGUGGGGGAUGUCAAGGACCCUGCAGGCACAUUGUACGCCGACACGUCCGCCCUGACUCAGAAUGACUCGGUGCCCUAUGCUGUCUACGCCUAUGAACAGCCGUAUACCCUUGAAAACACACCUGUGUCGCAGGUCGCCACAGAGCCUAUCACUCGCAAGCUAGAUGGGCACGAAAAGUGCCGUUCUACUCGCAAACCCAAGCGCGAGCGUCGGUCAGAGAAGCCGCUCGUUUUCGAGUCUCAUACAUGGUCGAGGUCCGGCUCGUUCCAACCAGACGAGUACAAUGUCCCCGAGUUUGUCAGCCGCGAAAAGAGAAAGACAGCGCCUUACACGGCACACAGAGCAGGCUCAAAAGCGCCACUGACGAUGCUGGACCAAGAACUGACACCAAAAGAAGACGAGGACAAGUCGUCGUCCAUCUCAGAUGGUCCGGCGAUGUACGCACUGGACGAGGCCAUGGCCCCGUCCAUGCCCAAGACGACUCGCACGUUACCAAGCCAAGGCCCUGAGCCGCGGCACAAGUCGAUCUCGCGGGCCGAGCCAUCGACAGAAGAAUCGCGCAACCGGCGUAUUCUUUCGUACCUUGCAGGCGUGGCCGCCUCUCAAGGUGACCAUCGAGACGAUAACGUCAUCUAUGACAACCGGGGCGGCCUCUCUAGUAGGCGUCCUUCUAACGACAGUGAUGUGUUUCAAGAUGCUGACUCUAUGUAG